AUGGCGAAUCCAAAGAAUUGGGUUUUCACCCAAGUAUUUGAUCCGAGAAGCAAGUUUAUACUCCAGUUGAACAGCCUUUCGUUUGUCGUUGGCUUGAUCAAUUUCUUCCUCGACCCUCUCUUCAUGUAUAUCCCCUCAAAUAGCUCCGAGACUUUCUUAUACAAUGAUCUUCAUUUAGGAGCAAUUCUCGCUAUACUAAGAACAAUUGGAGAUCUCUUUCGGUUUUUUAAUAUCAUAAUAAAAUUUCGCACGGCCUAUGAAGAUCCUUGUUCAAAAGUUUUUAAGAAGAGGCGGCUUGUUGAAGAACCUAGAGCAAUUGCCAUCAAAUACUUGAAGUCUACUUUCAUCGUUGAUCUUUUUGCAGCAUUACCACUGCUACAGGCUUAUAUAUGGCUCCAUAUUCUAUCAUCCAACAGUGCAUUGACAACUGGCAAGGGUGCCUAUUCUCGCAUAUAUAGAAUCUUCUGGCUCCAGCUCCCUUCACGGUUGUUUGUUGUGGGAUAUGCAUCAAAAAGCCAAAUCCCCAAAACAUCUGGUGUUCUAAUGAAGAGUGCGAUGUUGGGAGCAUUUUACAACCUUCUAUCGUUCAUGACUCUUAGUAACCAUCCAGUGUUUACACUUUACGUGCUUCAUCAAGUGUUUACACUUGACAUGCUUCUUCCUGAAAGCAGAAAAGCGAUGUCAGUUCACUCUAGAAAGUUCAAUAAUGGUUUCUGCUUGGCUAACCAUGAUCGUUGUUCCCUGGGUCAAAAUUUCACUACAAGCUUUUUCACUUGGGAGACAAUUUUUAGUAUAAUUAUCACCCUGUUUGGUCUUAUCUUUUUCGCGGAUUUGAUAACCCGGAUGCAGUCCAAUUUCAUUCUUUCUGAUGUCAUCUGUCCUGGUUUUGCUAAUCUCUUAUAG